UCCGAGAGAGGAGACAUACACACACACAUAUACACAUAGAGAGAAAGACCUAAACAGAGAAAGAGAGAUGGUGUCUUUAGGUUACUGCUUGAAGGAGAAGAAGACAUGCGUGAGAUGGGUAGAGAGAUACUUCGACGACUGUCUAUGUAACCUAAACGAUGACGUUUCGUUCGCACUUGGAAUUGCUAGCCUCCUCUGUUGGGGCGUCGCAGAGAUUCCUCAGAUCAUCACUAACUUCCGUACAAAGUCAAGUCACGGUGUCUCUCUCUCCUUCCUCCUCGCUUGGGUCGCCGGUGAUAUCUUCAAUCUCGUCGGUUGUCUUCUUGAACCAGCUACUUUGCCGACUCAGUUCUACACAGCCUUGCUUUACACAGUGAGCACUGUGGUAUUGGUGAUCCAAACUAUUUACUACGAUUACAUCUACAAACUUUGUAGACAUGGACGUACCAAGAUUUGUCCAAAGGAGGAGGAAGAUGAAGAGAAGAGACCAUUGAAACCACCAAAGACGAUGGGAUCUGCUAUUUCUAUCCCAGGAGGAUCUUACAAAGAUUCUCCUCGGAGAGAGUUCUAUUACACGUCGGCGAGAUCGUUGGCCGGAAGUGGCACACCUCCCUUAAGAACAUCGUAUUUUCGAGUGGCUAAGAGUGGCCCUUCGGCUCUAGCAAUAGAUAAUGGUUCGUCAUCGGAAGAAGAUGAGGCAAUGUCGACGUGUCCUGUGAUAACGGCUAUAACCAUUACCCAACCAAGGCCAAUACCUAGAACGGCAGGUUUUGGAACGUUUUUGGCUGCAUCAGCUAGUCUUCCGCUUCAGGCAAAGAGCUUAGCGGAAAAUUACUGGCAUGCUUCAAGCAGACGGCUUCUAAAUGAGAGAAGAGUAGAGCACAGCGCGUUGGGACAAUGGUUGGGAUGGCUAAUGGCCGCCAUUUACAUGGGCGGUCGCAUCCCUCAGAUUUGGCUCAACAUCAAAAGAGGAAGCGUUGAGGGUUUGAAUCCACUGAUGUUCAUUUUCGCUCUAGUAGCCAAUGCAACAUAUGUUGGUAGUAUUCUUGUCCGAACAACUGAAUGGGACAACAUCAAACCAAACCUUCCUUGGUUGCUUGAUGCUAUUGUCUGCGUCGUACUCGAUCUAUUCAUAAUACUGCAGUAUAUCUACUACAAGUAUUGCAGGAUGCAGAGCUUAGAAAGGAAAGAAGAAGACGUCUAUGGAGACUAUGUGGAAGCAAGCAAAACUUUUGUUUCGUGAAUCACUAUUUACUUUACAACGAUCAUUUGAUUUUCUUUUGGCCUUAUCCUUAUGUAUUGAUUUCAGAGUGUAUGUAAAUGAACCUACUUAUUAUAUAUGUUAUUAGAACA